UCUCACGUCAACUCCACCGCUUCCUCACAGACGCCUUUCGUAAAUUAUACGUUCACAUACACAUACACACCCAUACAUAUAUAAUAACAUCACACAAUGCGCUUCCAAAACGUCGUUGCCUCUAUCCUGAUCGUGGCUCUUGCCUCGUCUUCGUCCAUGGUCGCUGCUCAGGCUGAAAUGUCCGAAGCCUGCGGAAACUGUUUGACCAAGAGUGCCCAGAGCGUCAAGGCUUGCAACGGUUUUGAUCCCAACAUGGAUCCCGCCAAAGCGGCUGCAGAUAAGACAUGCUACUGCACUAUGGCCUCAAACACCGCAUGGGUCGAGAAGUGUAACAGUGAUUGUGGUGCAGAUUUCACCAGUUUGGUCAUCCAGGGUUUCAAGUACGGCAAGGAUACUUACUGCAAGGGUGUCGAUGUUAGCGCAAAUGGUAAUGCUGGAUGUGCCCUCAGCGUCUCCAAGUCUGCCGGUGUUGCCAUGGCUUUGGCUGGUGUCUUUGUCCAGGCUAUUUUAUAUCAUUUGAAAUCGUUCAUGCGUUAUCAGUCCUUUUUCACGUCAAUACUUGUCCUUGUCGCUGCUGUCGUCAAUGCCCAAAUGAACCCUGCUAUCCCCUCACAAGCCUGUAACGACUGCAUCAAUUCCAAUAUUCGUUCACUCUCCCCUUGUUCCACGAUUGAAUACAGUGGCAACUAUGCAGUUCCAAGUACACUGGAUGCGGAAAGCAAAAAAUGUGCCUGUGUUCAGGCAUCGACAACCUCAUGGAUCACCUCUUGUCAAGGCGAGAGUAAAUGUUCUAGUUCCUUUGUCCAAACCAUUUUGCAGUCUUAUGAGGUGGUGAAACCAAAGAUCUGUGAAGGCGUUGAUAUCAAUUCGUUAAACAAUCCCAGUAAUACGGCACAUUUAUCUACUACUCCUUUUAAUAUAGCUAGAGCCACUGCCCUUGGGGUCACUGUGGUGGCCAUUGGCCAAGUGCUGUAA